AUGACAAUAACAACAACACAAAUUUUUACUAUCAUAGGUAUUCUAUGUGCACCUAUGGUUUGCCUAGCUGUACUUGUACUUACACUUGCAGCAUUAAAUUUAUCCCUUGGUUUACGAAGACUUUAUGUUCAAUUAUUAGCAUUGAUAUUUGAUUAUGCAACAAAAAUAAAACGAGAUAAAGAAUUUUCAAUUAAUUCUAAUGGAUCUUCGGAUGAAACUCAAACAUCUACAUCAACAACAAUAGAAAAAGAUAAAAAAACACAAGAUAAUCCAAUUGAAAUAUCAUCAAAAACACCAUUAGUAAGUGAUUCAAAAAAUGAAAUUAAUGAUGAAAAUGAAUCGGAAUCAUCACAUGAAAUAACAUCAACAACUGAUCAAGAACCAAAAGUAUCAGGAACUCCAUCACAAACCGAUAUUCAAUUUAAAUUAGAAGAUAUCGUCGAUUAUACUCGUCAAGGUCUUGAAGCUAUUGUUGAUGAUGAUGUAACUAAACGUUUUACAUCUGCCGAAGAAAUGGCUGUAUGGAAUUUAUUAACACGUACUCAACAACAACAUGCAUAUUUUUCUAUGCGUAUAACAUUAUUAUGGUUUCUUGGAUUUUGUAUACGUUAUUUUAUAUUAUUUCCAUUUCGUCUUUUUCUAUUUAUUAUUGGUAUUUUAUGGAUGUUAGGUUCAGCUGUAUUUCUUCAAUAUUUUCCUGGAAAAGAUGCUAAAUUACGUUAUGGUUUUUAUAUAAAUAUUGUUUUACAUCGUAUAUUAUCACGUGUUUUUUCUGCUAUAAUAACAUAUCAUAAUACAGAACAUCGUGCUAAAUGUGGUUCAAUAUGUGUUGCUAAUCAUACAUCACCUAUUGAUGUUAUUAUAUUAUCAACAGAUAAUAGUUUUUCAAUGAUUGGACAAAAACAAGGUGGAUUUUUUGGUAUGGUACAACGAACAUUAUCACAUACAGCUAAUCAUAUAUGGUUUGAACGUUCAGAAGCUAAAGAUCGUCAUAUGGUUGCUGAAAAAAUGCGUGAACAUAUUAAAAGUGAAAAUAAUUUACCAAUAUUAAUUUUUCCUGAAGGUACAUGUAUUAAUAAUACAUCCGUAAUGAUGUUUAAAAAAGGUUGUUUUGAAAUAACUGAAGCAACAAUUUAUCCUGUUGCUAUUAAAUAUGAUAAUCGUUUUGGUGAUGCUUUUUGGAAUUCAUCUAAACAUGAAUUAUUUCAAUAUUUAAUAUUAAUGAUGACAUCAUGGGCGAUUGUUGUUGAUGUUUAUUAUUUACCACCAAUGAUAAUUGAAAAAGGUGAAACAUCAAUUGAUUUUGCUCGUCGUGUUAAAGCAGCUAUAGCUAAACAAGGUGGUUUUGUUGAUUUAGAAUGGGAUGGUGGUUUAAAACGUUCAUUACCUAAAGCUGAUUAUAAAGCUGAAGAACAAAGAAAAUUUUAUGAAAUGUUAAAAACAGAAUAA